AUGUCGUUCCGCAGCAUAGUUCGUGAUGUCAGGGACGGUUUCGGCAGCCUGUCGAGGCGGAGCUUCGAGGUGACCAUCUCCGGCCUGUCCGGCCUCACCGGGCACCACAGGGGCAAGUGCCAGAGCACGGUGCACGAGCUCCGCGACGCCGAUCUCAUAGUCCAGGAGAGCCGCUGGGCCAGCCUCCCUCCCGAGCUCCUCAGCGACGUGAUCCGGAGGCUGGAGGCAAGCGAGAGCACCUGGCCGUCGCGCAAGCAUGUGGUGUCCUGCGCCGCCGUUUGCAAGGCGUGGAGGGAGAUGUGCAGGGAGAUUGUGACGAGCCCGGAGUUUUGCGGAAAGCUCACCUUCCCCGUCUCUCUGAAGCAGCCUGGCCCUCGAGAUGGAAUGAUUCAAUGUUUUAUAAAGCGAGAUAAAUCAAAGUCUACUUAUCAUCUCUACUUGUGCCUGACUAAUGCGGUACUUGUGGAGAAUGGCAAGUUCCUCUUGUCUGCUAAAAGGAUCCGCAGGACAACCUGCACCGAAUAUGUUAUCUCAAUGGAUGCUGAAAACAUCUCAAGAUCAAGCAGCACCUACAUUGGAAAACUGAGUGAAACCAACUUUCUUUUCAUUUCCAGGUCAAACUUCCUCGGCACAAAAUUCAUAGUAUAUGACACGCAGCCCCCCUACAAUGGGGCUUUAGUUCCUCCGGUUGGACGGAGUAGCCGGAGAUUCAACUCUAAGAAAGUGUCUCCCAAGGUGCCAUCCGGCAGCUACAACAUAGCUCAGGUGUCUUACGAGCUAAAUGUUCUUGGCACGAGGGGCCCUAGGCGGAUGAACUGCAUCAUGCACUCCAUACCGGCCUCAUCGGUCGAGCCCGGCGGCAUAGUCCCUGGGCAGCCUGACCAGAUCAUGCCCCGGGCUCUAGAGGACUCGUUUCGCAGCAUGAGCUCCUUCUCCAAGUCAUCCAUCAUGGACCGGUCCACGGAUUUCAGCAGCUCCCGUUACUUCAGCAGUUCCCGGUUUCUGUCCGACAUUGCCGGAGGCGCCGCCAUAAGCCGUGACGAAGACGGAGAGAAGGAGAGGCCGCUGGUGCUCCGCAACAAGGUUCCGAGGUGGCACGAGCAGCUGCAGUGCUGGUGCCUCAACUUCCGCGGCCGCGUGACCAUCGCCUCGGUGAAGAACUUCCAGCUGAUCGCGGCGCCGAGCCAGCCCCCGCCCCCCGCCACGGGGGCGGGGGCGCCGGCCCCGGCCCCGGCCCCGUCGCAGCCCGCCCCGGCGCCGGAGCAGGACAAGAUCAUCCUGCAGUUCGGCAAGGUGUCCAAGGACAUGUUCACCAUGGACUACCGCUACCCGCUGUCGGCGUUCCAGGCCUUCGCAAUGUGCCUGAGCAGCUUCGACACGAAACUGGCCUGUGAAUAA